AUGGCCAGCACUUCCCAUUGUAUGGGUCCACCGGACGGAGCGGCGGGCGGAAGCGGCGGAGACGACCGCGACCACAACCAGGGCUGUCCGAAGGGCCUAUUCAAUCGCGUUAGCGUCGCGACGACCAGCGAUGAUUCCGAUGCGUCGACUGAUGAACUCGGAGGCGACCGGCGCGACAGUGAGGGCGCCUCGUCGUCGGGCGGCUCGCAGCGUGGUGGAUGUCUGAAGGCGCGCCGCUCGCGCCACGACAACGCCAAGCGUCUCCCGGUGCAACAGGUGACCUGGUCGUUCGCCCCGAGGCCCCAAUCGCAGCCGAUCCCGCCGAAGAACUACUUGAUGAAUGGCGGCACGUCCACCUCCAGCGCGCCGGUCCGCAAAUCGUCGUUGGUGGGCGGCUCGACGUGCUCGAGCGGUAACGCGAGCCCUACCGGCUCCCCGUCCCGGCAGCCCUUCUCCAAGCAGUCUUCCCAGGACCUCGCCGAGCGCACCCUGACUACACCCCCGCUGCCACCCGCCAUCAAAACCGGCUCCAAGAAGGAAGGUCGCUCACAACGUAGCAUGAGCCUCGGCGGCGCCGCCCACGAGGCCCUGCUCGGCCAGCUCGCCCAGCGCCACGGCACCGUCACCAUCGACUUGAGCCCGGAAUCUAAUGACAAGAUCUGUCUGUUCGUCGACAACACCCGCUUCAUGAUCAGCAUCAAGCUGCUCGUCAAGCAUCCGGAGACGAUGCUCGGCCGCAUGUUCACCAUGCAAAGCUCGUUGGAGGGCCAGGAACUCGUGCCGGCCAACGAUUCCGGGGAAUUUGAGGUGGCCGACGUCUGCAGUGCGCACGUAUUCCGGGCAAUCCUCGAAUAUUACACGGACGGUCUGAUCCGAUGCCCGACGCACGUCUCCGUUUCGGAUUUGAGGGAAGCCUGCGACUAUUUCCUGGUGCCGUUCAACUCGCGGACCGUUCGCUGCCAGAAUCUGCACGCCUUCCUGCACGAGCUGUCCAACGAGGGCGCAAGGGCCCAGUUCACCCAAUUCCUCGAGGACAUCAUCAUCCCGAAGCUCGUCGAUAGCACUGGGCACGGCGAGCGUGAAUGCCACAUCGUGGUAUUGCUCGACGAUGACUACGUCGACUGGGAUGACGAUUGCCCCCCGAUCACCGGCGAGGACACUACGCGAAUACACAGCACGCAUUUGUACAGGUUCUUCAAAUACGCCGAGAACCGCGACUGCGCCAAGCAAGUGCUGAAGGAGCGCGGGCUGAAGAAGAUCCGCCUCGGCAUGGAGGGCUACCCCACGCACAAGGAAAAGGUCAAGCGGCGGGCCAAUCGAUCGGAAGUUGUGUACAACUACGUGCAACGCCCGUUCGUCCACUGCUCCUGGGAGAAGGAGGAGGCCCGGUCGCGGCACGUCGAUUUUGCAUGUCCGAUUGUCAAGUCAAAGUCGAACCCUUCGCUGGCGGCCGCCGCUUCGGAUCCGCUCCCUCAGCCGGCGCCGUUGCAGGGCAACAAUGUCGCGCCGCCGAACGCUCUUCUCCAAAUCGUGCCGCCGAUCCAACAGGCUCCCCUCCGCUCGCCGCCCGUCCAGGCCCGGAAUCCGGACGAGGAAAAC